AUGUUGAAUGCCUAUCUUCACAUCGGGUGGAUCUGCAUCUGCCUGGGAUCUGCUGCCAUUCCACAAGAGGCAGCAACAGAUAACAGGUACGAGAAGGCGGUGAACAUAAAGAAGGUCCAACACCAGCCAGUUGUCCGGGGAUUAGCUGACUCUGCCUUGCUACCCUGCAUUUUCUCUGUGCUCCCCAGUUCAACCACUGACCCCUUGCUGCUUCAUGACCCUCCUCGGAUCAAAUGGACCAAAGUGUCACUCGAAGGUGGGAACAGUAAGGAAGUUCUUAUUCUGGUAGCCAAGAACAACACGGUGAAGCUGAACCCAGCCUACAAGGGCAGGGCCAGCCUGCCUGGCUAUGGCCCCUUCCACUACAACGCCAGCCUGCAGAUCGUUUCUCUGCGAGCAAGUGAUGCGGGUGUCUAUCAGUGUGAAGUGGUCGUGGGAAUGGAUGAUGAGCAGGAUACCGUGCCACUGCAGGUUAUCGGGACGGUGUUCCACUAUCGCUCCAGCAACAACAGGUAUGCAUUAACCUUCAAGGAAGCUACACAGAUCUGUCAGCAGAAUUCGGCCACAAUGGCCUCACCCCAGCACCUCCUGGCUGCCUUCCAGGAUGGGUUCAACCACUGUGAUGCUGGCUGGCUCUCUGACCAGACUGUACGGUAUCCAAUCAAGACACCAAGACCUGGUUGCUAUGGCGAUAAAUUUGAAUAUCCUGGCAUCAGAACCUAUGGGGUUCGGGAUCCGGGUGAGCGGUACGAUGUCUACUGUUAUAUCAAGGAACUGAAAGGCUCUGUGUUUCAUGAAUCAGCCCCUCAGAAGUUGAACUUCACGGAGGCAAUGCACCAGUGCCUGAUCAAAGGGGCAGAGUUAGCCACCGCUGGCCAGCUGUACCUGGCGUGGAGCCAAGGCUUGGAUCGUUGUGAUGCAGGCUGGCUGGCUGAUGGGAGCGUCCGUUAUCCUAUCAACAUUCCCCGGAGGAAUUGUGGUGGGGAUGCGCCAGGAGUAAGGACAAUUUAUCAACUCCCAAACAGGACAGGCUUCCCCGACCCUGGUUCCAAGUAUGAUGCCUACUGUUUCCAAGCUGCUGGUGUCCAGCCAUCCAGUGGUGUGAGGAAUCACUCGGCAGGGAGCCAAGAGCAGUGGGCUGUGGCAGAGGAAGGCAGUGGAGGGGACCCAGAGUUGGCCCUGUCCAUGCCCCGGGGCUUCACGCUGAAAACCCCCAUGCAACAACAUCUGGGCAGCAGGCAGCCUCCUCCAGUGAGGCCAAGCCACUCCAGGCAAUUCCACAGCUCUGAGGAAGAGGAUCGGAAUGACCGGUCCAGCCCCGGGCCACUGCCCACAGCCCCAGGAUCGAAGCAUCAUACCUGGGCACUGCCGACUCUGGAGAUGCCGGGCCCUGUAGCUUCUGCCUCCUGGUCUGACCGGACAGCUGACCCACGGCCAAUGGAGACUCAUCCCGUGGCAUUGUUGGACCUCAAGGAGUCAAACAAGCUACCUCAGUUAGAGCAAUGGCCUGACACAGGGAAGGAGCAGGUGCUGGGAAGUGUUGUGGUAGCCAGAACAGAGACAGUGACCCCCACCAGACAGUUCCGUGAGCCACCACCAACCCCCACUGGACUGCUCCAUCAGCUGCCACCGAUCCCAACUGAGACCAGCAGCCUUGCCACAGGACGACUGACUACAAAAGACUGGGCAGGGGAGAGACCGGGUAGGCCAACAUCCAUGGAGCCAGUUACUACUAAAGCAAGAAGAAUGGAGAACGUGUCUGCAGAAGCUGACGAAGAAACCAGUGAUGAGAAAAUGGACGCUGCAAAAAUUAAACGGGCCGGUGAGGAGGACUGGAGGGGUGGAAGCAUAAAGCUACUACAGUCACUGGCGACGGUGGGAACCAUCACUGGGAGUGAGGUCUCACUGACUGGUGCCGAUGUCACUCCCCAAAACCGUGGCUCAGUGCUCACAUCCAGUACACCCAUAGAAAUUGGCGUGGAAGCUUCCGGGGAGACAACUUUCAGAGAGGAUCUAGAAUAUCUUUCAGCACUAAACCAGGGAGCUGAGAUUGGCAGUAACAAAGGAAGGGAAGGUUCUCAUCAGUCAAUCAGCCUUGGUACAGGGGCAGUGGAGAGGCAGAGCACCAGUCUGUUCCCAUUUCCAAACCUUGGUGAUGAGAAUCACAGCUCGGCUGAUGAUGAGAGGAAGAUCUUAUCUCUGUCUUACCUUCCAUCUCCAGACAGUGUCAGCUAUACCAGUGGGGAGCUCACUGACAUCUUGUUCUCUCCGACUGGGCAGUCUACAUUGACACAUCACCCUCCAGAGGCAGUAAGUGUGUCCACAGUAACUCUGGAUCUGGGUGGAAGUGAUGAGGAAGGAGGCAGUGUGCAGGAGGAGCAUAGCCAGGCUUUGUCUAUCCAGGAGGGAAGCCACUCACAAGCUGAGGUUGUGUCAACCUUCACGAGGACCCUGGCACCACUCCCAGCUUCCGAGGAAGGACUUCAUGUCACCACACUGGCAGCAGAGGAGAAGACUGAGAGUUUGAUACUGCGUCCUCUGUUCUCAGGGGGAGGUGUUACCCCAGCACCAGGUGAGAGGCAGCAAAGGGUGAGAGUGAAAUUGGAGCAGACAUACUUGAUGCAGUUAGAGCAGGAGUCGGAGACCCUGGAGGAGCUGGCUGGAAGCCAGCCUGACAUGAAGGAUAUUCCAGAUGUGUCGACCAUCAGCCUUCAGUCCCUGGUUGCGAUCCCUUCGGGUGAGAUGGAACACGAAGCAGGUUAUUUGUCCCACAUGGGCUCACUGCAGGCUUCAGCUGAAAGCAUGCAGGUAAUGACUGAAGCCUCUAUCAGAGGUAGGAGCAGUCAAAUAUCUACCACGGGCAGCUCAGAUGCAGGAUUAUUGCCACACACAGAGCAACUUGCCAAGGACCUUAUCACAGCCCCUGGUGGACCCACAGAUCCCUCAGAGCUGCUAACUUUGUCUUCAGGUAAUGGGUCUAUGUUGUUAGUCCCGGGACCAACCUUGGCCACGAGGAGAAAUGUUUGGCCAACCCUGACAAAUGCAGAAGGAGUAAUGGAGCAAAUGGACACUGGGGAAACCUCUGGUAUGAAUCCAGCAGCCAAGUUGGAAGCUCACAUUGUCAAAGAAGCAAAGGGAAUGAAUCAGCCAAUCACAACAGAGCCCAUUACUACACAGUCAGAAUCCCCAUCUAUGUUGGUCAAUCCAGCAGAGCUAUUACCUGUAGCAACAAGGCUGGGCACAGUGGAAGAGGAGGGUGGGUUAAUAAGUGUGGGGAGGCUGAAUGCUGCUGAUGAGGGCUCUGCUUUCCAAGAAGGCCCUGAGAUCUUCACGUCUAUGCCAUUUCCCAUCUUAUCCUACCAGCAAGAGUCCACUCACCAUGAAACCAGAGAGCCUGUGGUGGGAUCAGCACCACAGCAGAUCCAGGCGCAGACUUCUGAAGCCAGACAGGUAUCAGCAGAUGAUACAGGCGAGGGCUCUACCAUGCUAGAACAGACACUGACCAUCAAGGAUCUUCUCAACUCUGCUUCGGGGCAAGUUGCAGAGGUCUGGACAGUCACACCUGGAAACGCGAAUGUCAGCGGUUCUGAUGAGGAUUCAUUCUAUGUUGGACCAGAUGAACCAGACCCUUGCCAGACAAACCCCUGCCUCCAUGAGGGAACCUGCUUGUCUAACAGCACCAUGUACACCUGCGACUGCGCGGCUGGCUUCACUGGAGAGAACUGUGAAAUUGAUAUUGAUGAAUGCCACUCCAGCCCGUGUGAGAAUGGAGCGACCUGUGUAGACGGAACCAAUUCCUUCACCUGCCUCUGUUUGCCCAGUUAUACUGGCAGCCUGUGCGAAGAAGAUACGGAGGGCUGUGAUCACAACUGGCAGAAAUUCCUGGGACAUUGUUACCGGUACUUCUCUCACCGACGACUGUGGGAAAAUGCAGAGAAGGACUGUCGCAGUCAUGGAGCUCACCUGGUCAGCAUUCACUCUGUUGAGGAGAAGGAAUUCCUAAAUGGACUGAGUCGGGAGUACGUCUGGAUCGGUCUGAAUGACAGGACUAUCGAGGAUGACUUCCAGUGGACAGACGGCACCCCUUUGCAAUAUGAGAACUGGCGGAUAAACCAACCUGACAGCUUCUUCGCAGGAGGUGAGGACUGCGUGGUCUCCAUCAAACACGAGAACGGGAAGUGGAAUGAUGUUCCCUGUAAUUACAACCUGCCCUACAUCUGUAAGAAAGGCACAGUCCUGUGUGGCCCCCCACCCCCAGUGCAAAACGCCAUAGUGAUGGGGCGCCGGAAGGCCCGCUACGAGAUCCACUCGCUGGUUCGAUACCAAUGCCAGGACGGCUUCACCCAGAGGCACAUCCCCACUGUCCGGUGUCACAGCAGUGGCAAGUGGGACCGGCCUAGGGUCGUCUGUCUGAGCCGAGCAUCUGGAAAUCGCAGGUCGCCAAGGCACCAGCACAAAGGCAGCAGGAAGGAGAAGCGAAAGCACAAAAAGCAUCUUGAGUCACUUCGGAUGGAGAUGAAACGUUUCUACUGA